GGAGUGGCCGCAAUGCGUUGCGAGGUAGGGAAGCCGGUCUAUCUGGCCACGCCUCCGUUCGACUGUCCCCGCUUAAACAUGGAGGAACUCACAACCGGAGCGGUAAAGUGCCUCCUCAACAAAGAAGAAGUUGAUAAGCCCGUGUUGCAGAUUUCGGGUCUAAAGGCAAUUCGCACUAACUCUGUCGAGAGAUACAGGAUAGCACUCUCAGAUGGAGUAGACCACCACACACAUGUUAUGCUUGGAGCAGAUCUUACCCGUAUGGUCAACAGCAAUCAAGUUGACAAAUUCUCAGUGGUGCAAUUGGAUAAGUAUAUGUGGUACACUGCCGGAAAAGGAGAAAUCCUGGUUAUUCUGGGCCUAACCGUCCUCGCCAAGGGAUUCGAAUUGGACUGGACGCUGCGGAAGCCUUUGGUGAAGCCUUUGGCCUCAUCGCCGCCGUUUGCAGCACCCGUAGCGGCGCCAUUUGGAAACAACUCCAUUGGUCGGCUCGUCCCCAUCGCUCUACUUACUCCUUUCCAUUCCAGGUGCACCAUCAGAGCCCGGGUCACACAUAAGACAGGCGUACGCCCGUGGAGAAACCGCCAAGGAAAGGUGUCCAAGCUGCACUUGCUGGACGAAAGCGGAGAGAUCUGCGCCGUGCUGUUCAACGACGAUUGCGACUGGUUCUAUGGCAUGAUUGAGGCCGAGAAGGUAUAUUACAUUUCGAACGGCACUGUGAAAACACCACAAGAUCCCUCGUAUUCGUUUCUAGACCACGAAUACGAGCUGCAUUUCAGAUCAGACACGACCAUUGCACGGUGCGACGAUGUCUUUCCAAGCAUUCCCAUGCUGAAGCUGAACCUGGUGCCCAUAUCGAAUCUGCCAGAAAUGAAAGAGAACAGUAUCGUUGAUGUGAUCGGGAUCUGCUCGUGGGCAGGCGACGUGACGACGGUGAAGAAACGUGACACACAGGAGGACCUCAAGAAGCGAGACGUGACCCUCGUGGACGAGAGCAAUGUCGACGUGACCCUCACACUCUGGGGUGAUCAGGCGGAGAGCUUUGACGGCGCUGGCAACCCUGUCGUCGCUGCGAAAGGAGCGCGCGUAACCCGCUACUGUGGUUCUCUAUCCCUCUCCUUGGUUUGGGGUGGCUCACUACACUUAAACCCGGACGUUCCAGAGUCCCACACACUGCUCAGCUGGUACAAGAAAAGUGCUCCUCUGCGUUCACGCUCCGCUCAUAGCAGUGGAGUGCUGGGUCUACUAGGCCUUGCAUCUACGAUGAGCGACGCCAAAGACAGAUUCGCCAACGGCCGCCAGCAGCAACGCCACAGCGCCGCGCCCGCACGGCAACGGACUCAAAUCGUCAGAUCACGUCACUCCACGGCGAGCCCCGAGCGCCUGUCGAAGCGACGGCGAGACACCUCAGAGCUCGAGCCGCACCUUAGGCCGAGUCUCGCAGCCGCGACGUCCAGGGCGAGGUCACCGACUGACGGCUCACCAGCGGAGUCGACCGCGGGAGGAGGUGCUCGCCGCCGCCAUCGCUCCGCCGCUUCCCAGACACCAGGUGCGGUGGCCGGAAAGGACAGGAAGCAGUCACUCCUGCGAGGACAGCGCAACGCCAGUCCUUCCAGGGCGAGGUACGAGAUGGGCGACACCACGUGUUUUGUGGCCAAGGCUGGCGAUGACGACGUUGCCGCCGCUGCCGCCGCGGAGCAGCGCUGUGGUCAGCCCAAUGUCCCUCCGAGCGUGCAGAGCGAACGACGCCCUGUGCCGAUGGCCCGACGCCGACAGCAGCCCUCGACGGCGCCGCCCCAGCGUGACGGGGUAGCCGGCGGCGCGGGCGGCGUGCACGCGGAUCGCCAGUCCACUUCCAGCUCGGUCACCGUCGAGGUAAUACGUCGCGGCGCGCCCCUACCUGCCGAACGCCGCAGCCCAAUGGCGCCGAGCACCACCAAGCACGGCAGGCCACUCUCCCCGAGGGAUCUUUCCGCAACAGACGCUGCAUCUUCCAUAGAAGUAUCUUCCGCCGUGGCCCUUUCACCCGUCUCUCCGGGAAAGCGUGCGGUCAACAUCGACAUCGAGUUCAGUAGGCCAACAGCGGCGGGAAGCAGCCAGGGGACGCUUUUGCGAUCCAUAUCUAUGAACGUGGAGAGAAUCAUCGGACGGCUGCUUGCUCCACCGCGCUCCGACAGCCGCAGCCAGCUCUUCAGGGGUCCUCCUCCUGGACCCCCCAGAGGAGCAUAUGCCGCUCCGUGGCAAGUUCCAAGGGGAUACAUGCCCGGAUUGCGCCCCGUGCAGCCGGUAUGGGAUCCGUAUGCUAGGGCAUGGCGAGUUCCAAAGGCGCAAAAACGACGGGAAUCCGCAGGCCGAGGUGUAGUCGGCGGUCAAAUUCCGACUGCAGAUGCCCUCGCGAUUUCCGUGGACGCCAGGCCACCUGGCGGCGCGCCCGUUGAUGAGAGUGGCAGAGUUACCCCACCCAGUGAUGAAUCGCUGAGGCGUGAAACGAUGGAAGGAGUGCCUAGCAUUCUGGACAGGAUGGAAGACUCGCUCACAGACCAGAUCAAAGCCGCAGAAAUAGCCGCCGCCAUCAGAAGGGCUUCUGGUGGAGAGUCUCUGAAGUACGAAACUGCAGGAGGCAUUCCGGACAUUCUGGACAGGAUGGAAGAGUCACUCGUGGACCAGGUCAAAGCAGCGGAAAUAGCUGCCGCUAUUAGAAGGGCUUCUGGUGGAGAAUAUCUGAAGCGGGAAACUGCAGAGGAUGUUCAGGACAUUCUGGACAGGAUAGACAGGAUGGAAGGGUCACUCGUGGACCAGGUCAAAGCAGCGGAAUUAGCUGCCGCUAUUAGAAGGGCUUCUGGUGGAGAAUCUCUGAAGCGCGAAACUGCAGAGGGUGUUCAGGGCAUUCUGGACAGAAUGGAAGAGUCACUCGUGGACCAGGUCAGAGCAGCGGAAACGGUCGCUCGGCUUAAGAAGGCUCCCAGCGAAGAGUCCCUCAGACAGCAGACGAUUGUUGGAGUGCCGCGGAUUCUGGACAAAAUAGAAGAGUCGCUCGCUGCUCAGGUAGACGAUGUAAAGGUUAUUGCAGAUGAUAAGAAACGGAAGACUAAACGCAGGAAAAAAGGGAAGGCCGGGGCAGCUGACACGGAGAUUACUUCUACUGGCACGACUAAGAAGAAGAAGAAAAGAAAAUCUAACAAGUCUGCUCAGGAAGAAGAGAAAACGGACAUGGAAGUAACCACACUGAAGUCAGAACGUCGGAAAUCCGGCACUAGAGAGGCGGUGUCUUCGACUGGUACUGGCGCAGAGAAGAAGAAAGGAGCUAAGUCUGCUCAGGAAGAAGAGAAAACGGAGAAAACGGAAUUGGACGAAACCACACUUAAGUCGAAACGCCGAAAAUCCGGCACUGGAGAGGCGGUGUCUUCGACUGGUACUGGUGCAGAGAAGAAGAAAAAAGCUAAGUCUGCUCAGGCAGAAGAGAAAACGGAGAAAACGGAAUUGGACGAAACCACACUAAAGUCAAAACGCCGAAAAUCCGGCACUGAGGAGGCGGUGUCUUCGACUGGCACUGGCGCAGAGAAGAAGCGAAAGAAGAAGAAGAAGAAAAAAUCUGCUCAGGAGGAAGAAAAGACGCAAAUGGAGGGAACGACGCUCUUAUCAAAGCGCCGAAAAUCUAGCGCCCCGGAAGCGACUACUUCCGGUGCUGCCGGGGAGAAGCAGAGGAAGAUGUCGAAGCAGGCAGAGAAGGCGUGGAAGAAAGAAGGCGAGGAGCAGGCCGACGCUGAAGUUUCUCCGCCUGGCGCCGUCGAAAAAAAGAAAAAGAAGCCGAAGAAAGCGCCCGAGAAAAAGGAAACCAAGGCAGAGCUGGAGCCUCCAGUUGACGAGGCUAUGAUGAAAGCGAAAGGCCAAGAACAGGAGGACGACGCAGUUCAAAAGAAAAAGCAAGCCGGAGUGCUUGAGCAUAUGGCCAAGGGUGAGUUCAAAAAUUUGGGCAUCGUUGAAGAGUCACUUCCGGUUGUGGUAAAAUCACCGCCCCUGGAUUUCGAUGACCAAAAGUCUCCCGACAACGACGACGACUACCCCGAGCAUCAUGCUGAAGGCGCGCGUGAGAUUCUGGCCGAAAUGGAGGAGGCACUGGUGAAAGAGAUCGAAGCAGUAGAACCGAUUAGCCCAGACAAAGAGGCUCCCGGCGACGUUCCUAUCGACCGUGAAACUGGAGGGGCUCUGCCAGCUGCUGUGGACGGGAAGCAUACCGAGAAAGGGGAGACGGCGACUUCCGCUGACUUGCCGCGCGAAGAGAAGGAGCCUGAAAUGGCGGCUCGGGAGAAACCUAAGCGCGACAAAAAGAAGCUGAAAGACGGAGGCGACGGUCAUCUUGUGGAGAGGACGGCUGUCACUGCCCUGGACGUGGCGGAAGGUGAUAAGACCGUGGAGUCCAGGAUUGCGCCCUGGAAGAAGCCAGAAGGUGAAGACCAUGGCGUGGACAAAGCUGCUGCAAGCGCGCCGGAAAAGGAAGCAGAGAAGGUGCCGGUAGGGGAAGCGAUCAAAGAGGUGGGAAAGAGUACGCCGAGUUCCGGCAAAGAAAGCGCGUCGAAGAAAGGGCAAAAGAAAAAGAAACCUGGCGGAAAGAAAAAGAAGUCCAAAGAAAAAGGCGACGCGGAAAAGAGCGUGCUUACAUCUGUAUCCGAGAAGCACACAGCGUCGCAUAUUGGAUCACCGGAGAAGGGGCAUAAGAAGAAAGGAAAAAAGAAACACAAGGAUAAGCGACAGCAGCCGAAGGGUUCCGUGAAAAAAAUUGAAGUGGAGACUGGUACGAUCGGUCAGAUUGCGCUCGAGCACCAGCAGGGUCGUCGAAGCCUCGUUGGUCGAAGCUCGACAGGAGAAAAGAAGCUCGACGAGCACACUGCCGCUGGAGACAAAACGGCCGAACUGACCUGCAAGACGACCGAAUUGACCUCGGAGCUUCCGGUCCCGAAGCGAAGCAUAAUGAAGGGGUCGUCCGAUUCAAGGAGGAGGUCCAAACAACUUGAUGAGCUGGUGGAUGGCAGCGCGAAGCCGCUUGUACAGCCGGCACUUGACACAGCCCAAAAGCAGGUUCCACCUGCCCUGCCAAGCGCGCCUCCAGCUGUGCCGCCCACGUUAGACAGCGCUGCCGCCGGAGAAGAGAUCGAGCACAAGCCAGCCGGGAAAAAAGCGAGGCAAUCCCUGAGUGUACCGGCCGGAGCGCAAGAGCUGGAAGAGUACCUGGAAGUCUUCGAAGGAGCCGCUUCACUGCCGCUCAAGCUGCAGUCACCUGCGGGGCGGCGGUCAGUUUCUGCGCCCAAGAGAGAGGGUGCACUUCCACCGGAGGAAGAAGUCGUGCCUAGUGUGCCCGGGGAGGUGGACUUGGACACUGCCACCGCUCGUCAUGCGGAGAAGCUUAAGAAAGCCCUCAGGGCGAAGCAGCACAAGGAACCAGAGGCCGGUACCGCGGAGCAGACCACGUUCAAGUGGUCCACGUCGACUAUGCCGAGCUUCGUACGCGAGAUGUUCUUCUCCACGUAUCGUUGGGGCAUGAGUUCGCCUCCGACAUGCGAGCCGUCCCGCGGGAUGAAGUGGUCCACCAGCCAGAUAGGUCGCCGAGCCUCGGUCAUUAGACCCACUCCGUCGCUCGUCCCGUCUCCGCCUUUGCCAGGUCGACGGGCCAGCAUUGUGCGCAUUUGUCCGCAGAGUAUUUCGCUCAAAGAGAGCAGGCCGCCCAAGCCACAAGACCCUAAAAAGAAGAAGAAAAAGAAGAGACCCAAGGGCAAGUCGGUGCUCACGCCGGCGGGCGCGCUGAUAAGCGCGCCUGCCACGCCAUCCGUUCAGAGCCCGACGAGCGGGACGACCGGCGUCACGUCUCCCGGCACCAGCCUCACUGCAUCGUCGGCGGCGACGCUGCCCGCUGCAACCUCGGCUGCCAUGCAGUACGACGCCACUGGAGCCCCCCCUGUAGGCGCAUCAGUCGAGCAGCCUGUCCCAGCAAAAGUCGAAGCUCCACUGUCGACUAGCGCUGGUGCUUCGACUGCCGAGAAGGCCCAUAAGUCUAAGAAAGGAAAGCAUGAGAAAAAGGGCAAAAAGGGCAAAAAGGGCAAAAAGGGCAAAAAGGACGCCACAGGAGCUCCCGCAGGCGCAUCAGUCGGGCAGCCUGUCCCCGUAAAAGUAGAAGCUCUGCCAUCGACUACCGGUGGCGCUCCGACUGUGGAGGAGGCCCACGAGUCUAAGAAAGGAAAGCCCAAGAAGAAGGGCAAGAAGGGCUCGAAGUCUCAUGCUAAAGCCGAGAAAGCUGGCUCGAAAAGGAGACCCAGCAAGGAGGAAGUGGCCGCUGUUUUAGCAGCGGGAGUUCAGGCGGUGCCAGGAGGCUCGCCUCAGGCAGUACCGAUAAUAGUCGCGGAGCCCAGUGUCCCUUUCCAGCCGGUGGCCGAGGUGGCUCCCCGGCGUCCAUCACGGCCGGAAGGCCCCGGAAUGGCAAUGGCGACGGCCUCCGACUAUCCUAGGAUGACCCAGUUGCUGGCAGAAGACGUGUCCCCGUUAGUGCCUGCGGGGGGAGUCGGGGUUGUGGCUGAGACCGUGGUCAAAGGACCUGAGAUACCAGAAGACAAAGAUGCUUCAAAAAAAGGCAAGAAGUCUAAGGGAAAGAAGGGCAAGAAGGGCAAGAAGAAGAAAAGGAAAGGAAAGAAGGGCGCCCGCAAAGGUGCAGGAGAAGUUGUCGUGGCGCAGAAGGAGGGCAACAUGGCGCUCAUCGUCGUUUGCCUGCUUCUGUUAGCCGUGUGCAUCGUGAUGAUCGCCGUCCUGGCUCUCUAUUUCAUUAUCGCCAAGGCGCCGUCUCAGCCGGAGGAUACAACGGUGCUAUCCACACUGCUGACGCCUAUCGUAACGUGGGAGACAACUUUGAGCAGUCGGUGGACGACCGGAAUGAGAACGACCAGUACAGAGUCGAGAAGAAAGACAACCACUUCGAAACCACCACCACCACCACCACGGCCGCCGCCCCCGCCACCGCCACCGCCAAUACCGACGGGCUCUGGCGUGUACGAGUGUUCGACAUCGUUCUGCAACAGCGAAGCGGCCUACCUCAGUUCGUUGAUGGACCACGCGAGGACGCCUGCGUGCGUCAACUUCUACCAGCACGUGUGCGGUCGCUGGGCGGAGGGCCACCGCCUUCCGCCGGGCCCUAGCGCGUUCGUCUCGACCGACAGCCUGCUGCAGGACGAGCUCGUGCGCGCGUUGCUAGCGACCGUCAUACGCUCGAAAGAGCCGGACAUCAUCCACGCCACCAGCGUCUACGAAACCUGCAUGCAGCGCGACAAGGUGGCGCAAACGUCGGUAGAAGUCAUACGUGAAUUAUUCAAGUCGUGGCAGAUCGGCCGGUGGCCUCUCGAAGCCAACGAAGUACCCCGGCACGAGGAUGCAGAAACGAUAGUGUGGCGCUUCGCCGCCGAACUGAUGGGGGAUCUGGGCCUCGCCACUCUGGUGACCGUAGACGUGGGCGCGGAUCCGGACAGGCAUCCUGACCUAGACGCCCGCCCGGACGCGCAUUGGCGUCCCAUCCUCCAGCUGGAUCGCCCCGAACCGCUGUUCACAAGCCGCGCGAUGGCCGAGCCCGACGUCAAACAGAUGGUUAUCGUUGGCUUCGAGGAAGCCGUCAGAGCUCUGGACACCGCGGUAACCGGGAAGCCGUCAGAGACAAUGAGCAACGGAGUAGCCACUGUGUUCCGGCUGGUGAGCGAGCAAAAGCUGGACGACGCGCGCAACUACCAGCCAGUGAACGUGACGGAUCUCAUCUCCGGCCUGCGUACCUUCCUCGGGGACGUGUUCGGCUACGGCGACACAAGCACGUGGCGAGUGCUGCUCCCCUCGCGCAAGUACGCCACCACCGGUCUCAGGACAAUCGUCGAGUCGGGCGAUCGUGUCCACCUGCUUAACUACAUGGGCUUCCUGGCGGUGAUCCGGAUGGCGGCGUACAUACCCGGGCAGUCGCAGCAGCCGGACAACCUCCACGCACUGUUCUACAACAGUGUGACAGGCCGUUCGAUGUUCGGCACGAGGGACGUGUCCCUGAUGUGCUUGCUCUCCACCGAGCGGCUGCUGCCAGGCUGCUUCGCCAAGGCGGCGCUCCAGCAACUGCGCGCCGACGGUGCCGACCUGGCGGCUCGCCACUGGGUCUCGCAGCUCGUGGACGCCUUCGCGCACAACGUGCAGGACCUGUCCUGGAUAGACGACCUGUCCGCGCUGCUGGUGCGCUACCGGCUCAAGCGGCGGUCCAUCGCGAGCCUCACGGCGUACGUCGGAGGCGACUGCGUGCCGUUCAAAGCCCAUCUCGUGGAUAGUGGGAGACCGCUGAACGACUUCCGCGAUGUGGCCAAACUGCAACAGCGAGCCCUGCUGCAGGAGAUCAGUAAUGGAAACGCGGUUCCGCACAGGUACCCGCAACUGUCCGAGAUGCAUCCGUACGCGGCGUUCGACGUGUCGCACCGGUACGUACGGGUGCCGUCCGUGCUUUUCAACCACUCGGUGCCGACGAACAGCACGGCGUUCGCGCUGCACCUGUCGCGGCUGGCGACGCGCUUCUACCAGGCGCUGGUGCGAGUGCUCUUCGACGACCCGUACGAGCUGGUCGCCCCCAUCACCGAGGUGGCGAACAUGCGCCUGAGCGCGAGCGAUCUGAGCCGCUGCCUGUCGCAAGACGCGAGGCGGGCCUACGGCUCCGACGGGAACCUCUUCGCCACCAGCGACGUGGAGAAGGACCUGCUCUACCGCUCCACGGCGCUGGUGCUAGCGCACAGGGCGUUUCGACAGCUGCUUCCCGUGCGGCGCAUCUGGAAUUUGGACUUCCGCUACAGCGGACUGCCCGAGCAUUCGUCCGAGCAGCUCUUCUUCCUUUACUUCGCGCUGGACCACUGCGAAGAGCGCGACCAGGCGCACUACGCGCAGCGCGCACACGCGCUCACGCCCGAGCACAUGGUGAACCUGCCCCUGCGUAGCACCAGCGCCUUCGCAGAGGCCUUCAGAUGCAACGCGGCAUCCGCCUCCGUCGUACAAGGCGGACUGCACUGUCGGAUACUGGACGCAGGCUACAGCAGGUCGAGCCGACGCAGCGAUCAGGGCGGUCGCCACUUCCGGAACAAGACCCGGCAGCACACUGGCCUCUCCUCCAUGCUGGAUCUGCAAUUAACGCUCGGCUAAAGAUGGGGCCGCUUUCACCUGCGCCUUGCAAAUGCGCGUGGACAAUAUGCACGUGCGCGCGUUCCUCCACCGACGUGGCGUGAAAAACUCGCCCUCGCGUAUAUUGCAUGACGUGUUUUUCACGUCAGCUUAUGCUUAGGUUGUUGCCGCGUGUUUCCUGUGACAUAUACUUGAUGUCGCCGUUCUUUUUCUUCUUUCCUUUCUUUCUUUCUUUCUUUCUUUUUGUUGACUCAGUUUUAAUGCCGACUCAGUGCGCGCCAAUUGAAAAGGGGAAAGCGGCUUUCUUUGGAUGUACCCGCAACGGUUAUAUGUUC